AUGGCCACUGUCGUUCCCCGAAACUUUCGUUUACUGGAAGAGCUUGAAAAUGGAGAGAAAGGGCGAGGUGCUGAAGCCUGCUCCUAUGGCCUAGCUAACGGAGAUGAUGUGACCAUGACGAAUUGGAAUGGAACCAUUCUAGGGCCUCCUCAUAGUGUCCAUGAGAACCGGAUAUACAGCGUCAACAUCCAAUGCGGUGAAAAUUACCCUGAUGCCCCACCAACUAUCAACUUUGUGUCCAAAGUGAACCUUCCGUGCGUUGAUUCUCGAACUGGUAAAGUGCAACCGAAUGAAUCUGUUUCGGUUAUUGAUAAAGCUAACUCCAAGGACACCCUAAAGAGCUUUCUUUCCAAGGUUGCGAAAGAUGUUGAAUUAACGCCUACAAAGAAUACAUUUUCGAAUGCCCCCAUUUCUGUUACCAAAGAGUUCGGGCGUCUUUCGCUCUAUCACGCCCUCCUUUCCCAAUCCUCCCGCCUGCGCUUAAUCAACAUCCAACCAGCACAAAUACAAACCCUAAUAAAGUCCAAUUUCCACAAAUAUAAGCACUUGCAAAGCCCAAGCCAGAUCGUUAACUCCUUGAAGGCGGGCUACGAAGCAUUGGAUUUACUACAUUCAUGCAACCAAGGAAAUACAGAUAGCAUUGACCGUCUUGGGCGCAUUAUUCAGCGCACCAUUGAUCUCAAAAAGGAAAUCCACAAAAGCCGCGAAGUCCAAGCUGCCAACCACCGCCCCGAGAACCGCAACACCCACGCUCUUAGGAAAAGGGCAGAAGGCCGAGCAAGGAGACGUCCGGAAGCGCUGCGUCCGCACCCGGAUACAGAACCUAUCUUGUCCCGCCCAAGGCUACAUAUCAAUGGGCCCCGCCACGUUCCCGUGCUUGUCGAUGCCCGGGGUAUUCCUUUCCUUCGAAUCAAGAAGCCACAGUCCCCGAAUUUGAGCCGAACAAUAAGGAGCAAGUUAGAUGCACGAUGGAAAAAGAUACUUCGUCAACAGAAGUUGGAGGACGACUUCUACCUCGCACAGCAGGAGGAUGCGUGGGAUCGUAUGCUUGGCCAGCAAGAUGAGGCUGGUUGGACUUCAAUCGUUAGCGAGUACCUCGAUUACACUAUCAGAGCAAUACAACAUGAGGACCGAAAGAGCAAAGAACUUGUGCGGAAAAUGUGGGAGAUUGUGCUGAAGGAGCGUGAGCUUGCGGAGAAGGAAAGAGAGGAAAUAAGGAGGCAGCGACUAGCGCAGGCUGAAUCUCUCAAUACAGACCAGGCCGGGGGCAGACCGAUAGAUGAAGUGAAGGAUGUCUCUGCUAAAGGAAGUGGAGAAAAUACCAUCCCUGAAAAGCUUCCCUCUCAAUCGAACGAAGAAUCACGCUCCUGA